AUGGCGGCGCCCAACGCGCUGCUGGUGAUGGGCGUGAGCGGCUCGGGGAAAUCCACCGUGGGCGCCCUGCUGGCAUCUGAGCUAGGAUGGAAAUUCUACGAUGCAGAUGACUACCACCCAGAGGAAAAUCGAAUGAAGAUGCAGAAAGGGAUAGCGCUGAAUGACAAGGACAGAAUUCCAUGGCUCUGCAAAUUGCAUGACAUUUUACGAAGAGAUGUAGCCUCUGGGCAGCAUGUAGUUUUAGCCUGUUCAGCUCUGAAGAGAGUGUACAGAGACAUCUUAAUACAAGGAAAACAUGAUGCACCUCUGAAGUGUGAUGACUUGGGGAAGGAAGAAAAGCCAGUUGAGGUGAAGCUCCUUGUGGUCCAUCUGACUGGGUCAUUUGACAUCAUCUCUGGACGCUUACUCAGAAGAAAAGACCAUUUUAUGCCCCCUGAGUUACUGCAGUCCCAAUUCGAUACUCUGGAGACCCCAUCAGCUCCAGAAAACUUUAUCCAAAUCAAUGUGGACAAAAAUCUUUCAGAGAUAAUUGCUACAAUUAUGGAAACUCUAAAAUGA